UUGUCCCGUCUCCACCUCCGUGACUCAGCACCCAUACACCGCAUGCGAUAUUCAGAAUAUCAACCUGGGACAUGCCGGAACCGUGUCGGGCGGGAGCCGAAACCAAGUGCACGACUACUCCAUCGUUCCCUUGCGGCUAAAUCAAUUGCACACUGCACGUGGACUGAUGAUCGGCCAGACGCCACAGAACUACCCUGGGGCCUUUUCGACUCGUAUCCACAAGCCCAUCCCCGGAAUCAGUCCAAACUUUAGACGCACCCCUCUUUCAACCUGCUAUCAAGUCGUACACGAUGAUUCCAUUGCCCUUGAGCUGCACUCGGAGUCGUCUUGGUGUCGUCGGCAACACCGAGCAACAGCAAAACAAAAGAAUAGGAAUGAAAAGCAGCAAAAAGCGCCCCGGCCCUUUUCCCCUAAGAGCAUGCAGCGCAAAUCUUGGCCGCAAGCCAAUCACUGCUCGCGAACCCACCAUUACCUGCGCGCACUAGGAAAGGCGUGCCUCGACGUCUGCCAAAUCACACUUAUCUCCGAACCGUCCCUCACAAUCGCAUCCCUCCAGGGUGCAACAGAACCCGCUUCGUUUCGAAAUCAAGGCAGCCUCCAUGUUGCUAUCGUGAUGAUUUGUCGCUGUUGGCAUCCGCAUCUUCUCGUCGCCUGA